CCCCUUUCCCUUUGUGGCUAGCCAAAGCAUUCUAUAGAACACUACAGAAAAUCAAUAAUCAUUCAAGCAGCAUUUCACCGCGCCGUUCCUCGUCAGACUUCGCCUUGGGCGUUCGAAGUUUCCCUAUACGCAGAAAGAAGAGAGAUGGUGAGGCUUACUGCCGACCUAAUCUGGAAGAGCCCUCAUUUCUUCAAUGCCAUUAAAGAGCGAGAGUUAGAUCUGCGAGGGAACAAGAUAGCUGUAAGAAAUUUGGGCGCUACUGAGGACCAAUUUGAUACCAUAGACCUCUCUGACAAUGAGAUUGUCAAGCUGGAAAACUUACCAUAUCUCAAUCGGCUGGGUACCCUACUCAUAAAUAACAAUAGAAUUACAAGAAUUAAUCCUAACAUCGGAGAGUUCUUGCCAAAAUUACAUACGCUGGUUCUUACAAAUAACAGGCUUGUCAACUUGGUGGAGAUUGAUCCUUUAGCAUCCCUUCCAAAGCUCCAGCACCUUAGUUUGUUGGAUAACAAUAUUACAAAGAAACCAAAUUACAGGCUUUACGUCAUUUACAAGCUGAAGUCCCUUCGAGUUUUGGAUUUCAAGAAAGUUAAAAAUAAAGAGAGGUUGGAAGCCAAGAACUUGUUUUCUUCCAAAGAAGUAGAAGAAGAAGUUCAAAGGAUACCAGCUAAGGUGAUUUCACCUGUUGAAACUCCUAAUGUCUCUGAAGUUACGCAGGAAGAGCAGACAUCCAAAGUGGCUGCACCUACACCGGAGCAGAUUAUUGCAAUUAAGGCUGCCAUUGUGAAUUCACAAACGCUUGAAGAGGUUGCAAGACUUGAAAAGGCACUAAAGUCGGGUCAGCUUCCAGAAGAUUUCAGAAGCUUGGAUGAAAAUGUAAUAUCAAAUAAUGUUGAAGAAAAGCAAGAUGGACCUAACGGUACAGAAGAGCAGGGGAAUGCUGAUUCUGCUCCCAUGGAACAGGAUUAGAGUGGAGAUUUUGGAAUGCUUUGAAAAUCAUGAGCCCCUCUAAUGCUGGGCUCUAGAAUCAGCAUCAUGGUUACCUUCAUAAAGUAGACUGGUCGACUGUCCAAAUCCUCUGUCAUGUUUAUGGUAUUUAGGGUCUUCUCUUUCUUGAUGAGUAAGGAACAUGAUAUCUCAAUUCCUAUGUAUGGCUGAAUUAGGUAUAUUGCAAUCUCUGUACGUGACUUAAUGAAUCAUCCGGUCAGUUAUUGCCUUUAAUUUGCAGGUUCAAAGACAUGAUUUUGGUCCCCCAAAAAAAUGAUAAGAUUAGUGAUGUCAUUACUCA